AUGGCACAAUUGCAACUGGAAACGACUCUGGCACCUCUGCCGGCUACGGAGCGUAAUUUCUCGACCAAACUUUCCCAUGAUAAACAAUCCAAAUGUAUCGGGUAUGGAUGUGGGAAAUCAGCUUAUGUUAGAUCUCUAGAUUCAGAUUUUCAAGUCCAGUUUACAGGCCACGGCACGGCAAAAGUGACUGUUGUGCGAUUCCAACCGGUUGUGGGGUCUAGAUACAUAUGCUCUGGUGACGAUCAAGGUCGUGUGAUCGUGUGGGAAUGGUUCCCUCCUUCUAAGCAGUCAGAUGUUGAAACAGCUGCAGAACCAUCAACAAUUGUGAGAAGCGAAUUCCAAGUACUCUCUGGGCCCGUGACCGAUAUCAGCUGGGAUAUGCAUGGUCGUAGGCUAUGUGUUGUGGGCGAUGGACGAGACAAAUUCGGAGCUUUUAUCUCUUGGGAUACCGGGAAUUCGUUGGGCGAGCUUAGCGGACCUUCCAAACGUGUCAAUGCAUGUCAUAUCAAGCCCAGCAGGCCUAUGAGAUGCUUCACCGCCGGUGAUGACGGCGCAUGUGUCUUUUUUGAAGGUCCGCCAUUCAAGUUUGCAGGUAGUGACCGCACCCAUCAUGAUCAAGGAAAAUUCAUCCGUGAUAUCAAGUUUUCUCCAGGUGCGGGCACUUAUGCGAUUUCUGUUGGUAGUGACCGGAAAAUUGUGUGUUUUGACGGCCGCACUGGUGAAUUUAUCAAGUAUAUCGCAGAUGAAAACGAAACCGUAAACGGAGGUCAUUUUGCAAUUGACUGGUUUGAUGAUGGUGCAGAGUCUCAAAGAUUUGUCACGGCAAGUGCAGAUGCUGUUGUGAGAGUUUGGGAUGUCGAAAAAAAUAAGUGCGUUUACAAAUGGGCGCUACAACCUACUGUUUCGAAUCAAUUGGUAGGUGUCACUGUUAUUGACGAAAACCACGUCGUUGCUGUUUCUUUGGAGGGUGCACUACAUGUUUUCGAAAUCGGAGAAGCUUCGCCCAUGAAGACAAUCUCCGGGCAUAAUAAAGCCAUUACAGCCUUAGUCGCAGCUCCACUUGUUUCCGGAUCAUACGACGGUAGAAUCGUGACAUGGGGAGGCGAUGGCUCCCAAAGUGCUAUCAUGGAUAAUGAGCACAACAAUGUGGUCGUAGCAAUACAGAACAAGGAUGCUAUCACAACAACGUCUUGGGAUACUACCUUGAGAGCCAAUGGCGAGGUGAAGCACACAUUCGGAUCACAACCGAAAGUUGCUGCAGUCUACGAAAAUUCGGAGGCCGUCGUUACCAUUACAGAUGAUCUUGAAAUCCUUGACGGAGAAUCUGGCAAGGUCGUGGCCUCGAAAAAGUUAUUGUCUCCAGCUUCUGCCAUAAGCUUGGGGCCAACUUAUGUCGCUAUUGGAUAUGAGCAAUCCAACAAAAUUGAGAUUUUCCAUGUAUCCGAUCUUUCUGUGAGCUUUAAAAUCCCAACUGUCCUGAGAGCUCAACCCUCCAGCUUAUCGCUCUCGCCAUCUGAGAAAUUUUUGGCAGCUGGAGACGUGAUGGGUAAAAUAUUGUUGUUUGACCUAGAGUCCAAGAGUGUCAAAACGUCCAGAUGGGCAUUCCACUCAGGUAAAAUCACAAGCAUGUCUUGGAGACCAACAGGAUCCGAUGAAGAGGACGAUCUUAUUGCUACUGCUUCUCUCGAUACUCAUUUGAUGAUAUACUCGGUCAAGAAACCCAUGAAAACUGUGAAGCAUUUGAAUGCUCAUAAAGAUGGGAUUAAUGCCGUUGUUUGGGAUGGUGAAUCAACGCUCUUCACUGCAGGAGGGGACUCGUGCAUCAGAAAAUGGAGCUUUGAACCAUAG